UACCUUAUAUAUUUAUUGUGACCUCCUACCUUAUAUAUUAUUACUAAUUUUAUAUGAAUGUAUGACUUGCGUGAUUUUUUGAAGUAAAUUGAGGGUACAUGUUAAAGUUUUUACCGAUUGAAUUUUAGAUUCCGAUCGUAACCGGUGUAAUUUUCGUACCGAACUUUCGUUUCCGAUGUUUACGAAUUACCGAUGUCGUUUUCGUUUCCGGAGUUACCGUUUCCGAUCUCGUUUCCAAGGAAAAAUAUGAAAACGAAAAUGAUUUUAGUGUUUACCGAUCGUUUCCGACCGUUUUCACCCCUAUUUGCAACUACACUUUAAUCAAAUUGAUCCCAAGUCCAAAUGCAGGGUUGCCCAACUAGCUUCGAUUUGUGGGUCAACUCUUCCAACAAUCGUGGACAAGAAAUUUCGCGGAUUUGGUAAUUGAACACAAGCGGUUUGCAGAGGUGAGGUUUUUAGGUUGCAGCUAUCCUACUGACAAGAUGGCUUCUUCAUCUAAUCCGUGGCACCGACGUUUGAAACGCAUGUACGAGGAUGAACAAGUGCUACACAUGCUUCAUGCAUCUACCGUUGCAGACGGGGAAGAAAAGCCACAUGUGCAUAGAGGAUCGGUUCCAGGUAGACGUAUUAUUCAUCGGGAUAGGUCUUCAGGUUAUGCUAGGCUUGUGGAAGACUACUUUGCAGACAUCCCUGUGUACAAUGACGACAUUUUCAGACGACGAUUCCGGAUGACGAAAUCCAUGUUCGAACACAUAACAGAAGCUCUACAAGUGGUGAACCCCUACUUCAGGCAAUCAUACAAUGCAGCACAUCAACCCGGAUUUCACCCCAUACAAAAGGAUCUUUGGACACGUUCAUGUAGGCAGAUACCAGUAUCUCAUCCUCGGUCUGAGUGUAGUUUCCAAGCCUCUGAGUUGUUACUUUCUUGAGCUUAGGGUCAGUUGUAGUUGGAGUUGAAUGCUGGCUGUCUUCCAUGUUCAUGCUCUUAGUAAAGGCAAAGUUCAUGUUGCCUUCAUCAUCGAUUUCUGUUAAAUCUAUGCCUUCUGUGUAUGUGCAUGGCACAUAGUCUCCAGGGGCUUGUGAAGGUUGGUCGUAGUUGUAGUUCUCCAUUCUUCGGUUGUCAUGGCAAUUUAUAGAAGAAUUGUAAUUGAAGGAAGCAAGACGAAAUAAAUAUAAUA